AUGCUUUUUUUCUUCUUUUUUUCUUCUUCUUUUUCUUCACCUUUUUCUUAUUUUUCUCCCUUUUUAUUCUUUUUCUUUUCUUUUUUCCUUUUCUUCUUCUUUUCUUUUUUUCCUUUUUCUUCUUCUUUUCUUCUUUUUCUUUUCAUAUUCUUUUUCAUUUUGUUCUUUUUUCUUUUUUCGUCUUUUUCCUGUUUCCUCUUCUUUUCUUUUUUUCCUUUUUCUUCUUCUUUUCUUCUUUUUCUUCGUUUCAUAUUCUUUUUCAUUUUGUUCUUUUUCUUCUUUUUCGUCUUUUUCCUGUUUCCUCUUCUUUUUCUUAUCUUUUUCCUUUUUCUUCUUCUUUUCUUCUCUUUACUUUUUCUUCUUCUUUUUUCCUUUUCUUCUUCUUUUUCUUCCUUUCUUUUUCUUUUCUUAUUCUUUUUCUUCUUUUCUUUCCCUUCUUUUUUUCCUUUUCUUAUUCUUCUUUUCCCUUUUUACUUUCUAUUUACCUUUUCUUCUUCCUUCUUUUUCCUUUUUCUUUCUUAUUUUUCCUUUUUCUUCUUUCUUCUUUCUUCUUCCUAUUUGUUGUUUUCCUUCUUUUAUCGAUCUCAUUUCUUUCGCUCUCUUAUGCUUUCUGUUUUUAUUUUCCUCCAUUUUAUUCGUCUUUCCUUCAUUUCUUUUGCUCCGUAUUUAAAUUAUAAUUUUCUUUCCUUUUUCUUUCUACUUUCACUUUUAGUUGCUCUCACUCCACUUCUUCUUCUCCAUCUUCUUCUUCUUCUUCUUCUUCUUCUUCUUCUUCUUCUUCUUCUUCUUAAAAUAUUAACAUGA